GACUGACACCUUUCAAUAUUUGACACCUUUCAAUAUUUUACUGUGCAUAGCUAUUGAGGAAUUCACCCACUGGGACCGGCCUAAUGUCCACCCGGUCAUCCUCUUAGUUGAAAAAUUCCAGGCCAGAUCACAGACGAAGAACCCCAGACCAGAUCAUCUAUCAAUCUUCUGAUCUUGCUGUUUCCUCCAUUGACCGUGUAGAGAUCAUUGCAUGAAUAUCACGAGAUUCAUCUCAUUUUAUUAUAUUUAGCUUUGCUUUCAACACUCUACUUUUUUUUUUUUCUUUUGUUUCUCAAUUCUUCUAAACCCUUGUCUUUGUGAGAAAUGAGUACUCGAAAUUUGGAGAAAAUGGCCUCGAUUGAUGCCCAGUUGAGGCUUUUGGCUCCUGGGAAGGUCUCUGAAGAUGACAAAUUCGUAGAGUAUGAUGCUCUGUUGUUGGAUCGAUUUCUCGAUAUUCUUCAGCAUUUACAUGGAGAGGAAAUUAGAGAGACGGAUUCGGAAUUGUUUAGCCUAGUUGUAUGCCAAAGACAUAACGCUUGAUGAUAAUUAUGAGCUUGAUGAGGCUCUGCAGAGAGAGGUACUUUGCUUCAGAAAUGGCAAAGGAAUUGAGGGAAACAGAAAUGGAGGGAAACAGAUUUUUCGAACUGCACUUACCGGUCUAUCGAAGUUUUUUGAUAGCCAAAAAUUCACCGUUGGAGAGCUGGAUAUCAGAUAGAGAAAUUCCUCAAAUUUUUACUCAGAUUUAGUAAAAUAUUUGAUACACUGUUGGAGAUGCGCUAAUGAGGAUUGAAUGCUUUUUCAUUUGAUUGCAUUGAGAAAUCUUGAUGAAAUUUCAUACCCAGUAGAUAGCUAGUAAUACAUUUGAAAUGAAAUUUUAAAUUUUGAAAUAAGACUCAUUAUAGUAUAGGUAUUACGUCAGUUAAUUAAAAAAGUUUGUAAA